CAUCAACAGGAAAGGAAACAUGGCGGCAGCUGUGUGAUGUUAGGAGGCUUCGCAAUGAAAGAUGCUCAUAACUCUGUGUUACAUGUACCUGUGGGUGCGUUUCCAGAGAUAUUACAGCGGUGUGAUCCGCAGCGCGUUAUACAGACUGAACGAGAGCAGCUUCACUUUCUGUUCUCUGAAGAACCCCGAACAGCCCACAAACAUCCCAAACGAGGACACACCGUUCCUGAAGAGGGGCAAUAAAGUCCUUUACAUCACUGAGGCGCAGGUGUGUGAUGAGGACCUCAGUAAAUGGACACUGUGUUUGGACUCUUCACUGGUUUGUACUCCACAGCCAGAAAGCAUCGCCUUCCUUAUAGAGGCCACAUCAGAGCAAAGAGCUGGACGCUCUCCUCACAGAAUUGAUAAAGUGCUGAAGUGGUCUGAUUAUUGUCUUCCGUUGGCGUUCAGUCCCGGGCAGCCGUAUAGAGCCGUAGCUGAAACCAGUGUGGAAAACUUCAGCCGGCUCGGUGUGGCGUUUUUGGAAGAUCGUCUUCAGAUGGAAAAUGGGCUCAGACCUGAAAAAAUAGUUUCUGUGUCUCUCAGAGAAUCGGCUCUUAAAGAAUUGUUGGAACGACAGGGAUCAGACCGCAGCCGAAAACUCCAGUCAAAACGUCUCAGUGAGUCACCGGCGAAUUUUUUGUCUGGGUCAUCUGUGUCAGAGAGAGAACCACGAGACAUUUUAUAUUCCACUCUCCCGAGAAAGAGCGCCUCACGUCUGUCCGUCCGGCGGGACUCAGACACGCAGAGUUGCGGCGCGGAACACAGUCCCUCACGUGACCUGCAGGAGGAGACGACCGAACACCGCCACAUGGACGGACAUCACCUGCAUCUGUCCAGCUGCCAUGAGUGUCUGGAACUGGAGAACAGCACCAUCUUGUCCGUGAAAUUCGCCUCCGUGGAGAACAUACCAGACCUCCCGGACGACUUCACCACCAUGGACGGCAAGGACGAGGAGGGCGGCGGCUUCUCGGGUCACAGCAGGAGGGUGAACCAGAACGGGAAACCACCCAACGUGCUGGUGUUCACGGGCGGCAGCGAGGAGCAGUUCCAGAAGGUGCGCUCGCUGCUGGCCGAAUGCAUCGAUAUGGACAGCUACGCCAUCUACCCCCUGCGGCCACAGCAAGCGUUGAGCGAGCCCUGGCUGGAUAAUGCGCUGCUGCUGGUGCUCGCCACUGACCAGACGCUCACGCCGCAGCUGCAGCUGUGCUUCCUGUCCUACCUGAGCCAGGGCGGGAAAGUGUUGGGCCUGUCAUCUUCGCUCUGUCCUGCCGGACUCAUGCUACGGGGCAGAGACACCCAUAAGAAUCAUAUCUGCACACUGAACUUCACCAAAUCGGACAGCACGGAGCUGCAGCUGCACGUGCUGGCGAGCGGAAGCGUGUAUGUGCGUGAUCCGCAGGACGGUGGCGGUGGCGAUGUGGAGCUCUGGGGGGAGAUCAGCACGGAGGACGAGAAGCACAUGGCGAUCGUCCGUGUUACUCAUGGAGCGGACAGUGGCGAGGCCGUACUUUGUCAGGUGCGUUUGGAAAUGGCUCCAGACGCUGAUGUCGCUCACGGUUCUUCUGGGUUCUCUGAGCUGAAGAUGAGUAACGCUCGGCGCUAUGAGGUUCUGACGGAGAUCCUGACGUCUCUGGGUUUGAGCUGUGAACUGAGUCAGGUGCCGCCCCACAGUCCUCUAUACCUGCUCCACACACACCAGGAAGGCCGUUUCCUGCCGUGGUUGCGAGGGCAGGUGUCCGGGGGUGUUUUGAGGACUCAGUCGAGCAGUCUCAGGGUUAUUUGGGGUGGAGAGGAACCACCAGAUCUGGCUGAUGGUGAGCGGGCAUUAUACACCGACCCGCCACAGAACUUCUCAGAACAUUUCAGUCUGCAGACCUACAAACAAAACCUACAAACUCAACGACUGGGCCAAACCGUCAUCUAUGCUGACGUCACCACCACCACAAUGGACCUGCUGGAGGGGUUGAUGUUGCAGUUGCCGCAGGAAAUGGGGUUAAUCGCCAUAGCAGCACGUCAGACCCAGGGCAAAGGUCGAGGGUGUAAUGCGUGGUUGAGUCCGGUGGGUUGUGGGAUGUUCACUCUUCACCUGCAGCUUCCUCUGAACUCGCGGCUCGGUCAGAGAGUUUCAUUCCUGCAGCAUCUCGUCGCCCUCGCUGUCGUGGAGUCUGUGCGCACACUGCCGGGUUAUCAGGACAUUGAUCUGCGACUGAAGUGGCCAAAUGACAUUUACUACAGUAACUUGAUGAAACUCGGAGGUGUUCUGGUCAAUUCCACCAUCUGCGGUCAAACCUUCAACCUUCUGAUCGGCUGCGGUUUCAACGUGAGCAACAGCAACCCGACCAUCUGCAUCAAUGACCUGGUGCUGCAGCAGAAUCGUGAAUGCGGUCGCAGUCUUGAUGUGCUCAGUACGUCGCAGCUCAUCGCACGCACAGUCUCUCUGCUGGAGCGCUUCAUCGCAGACUUUCAGCUGCACGGCCCGCAUGCACUGCUACCUCUCUACUACAAGAGAUGGAUACACGGUGGCACGCGUGUGCGUCUGUGGAGUGAGGACGGGCCAGAGGCAGAGAUCGUGGGUCUCGAUGAGAACGGGUUUCUGCAGGUGUUGUCUGAAGAUCAGGGCGUCGUGUCCGUGCAGCCUGACGGAAACUCCUUCGACAUGUUGAGAAACCUUGUGAUGAUUAAGAGCCGCUGAACUCUGAAGUGUUUGAAAUGAUUGCAAGCCAUGAAAUCAUUCAAUGAGAUCUCAUUUAAAAUAAAUGCAAUUAUUUUCUCUUUUUAAUUAUCUUAAUGAUUCCGGCCCCAAUGGAUCAUAUAAAUUACAAGUUAAUAUCUUGUGUUUAUUGGGUAUUUAUUUCACACACAGUUUGUGUCAUUAAUAUCUGGAAUAGACAUUAAAGAGUCAUUAAUAAGUACAUUCAGAUUAUUAUUAAUGCAAUGUAUUUUAAUUUCACAUGAUUUCAGACAGAAAGUGUACGAUGAGGUUUGUGUUGAGAUGUGUGCAGGUAAAUUAACACCGUUAACACGUGAGUAACACAGCUGAUGUAAUUACAGGACAUGGGUUUAAAUUAGCUAUAUGUUUCUGUCUCAUUGUCUGAAUAUCUGACUGAAAUUGAAUUAUGUUUGAAACUUGUAUAAUGUGUCUGUUUGCUACUGCUUUUAUCUAUAUGUAAUUGAAUCUCUGAAUUGGGUCCAUAUUAUUAUUAUUUGAGGUGAUUUGCAUAUUUAUAUCAGGGGAUACUAUCAAUCUGUCAAUAUCAGUGUUUUGUAAUAAUCCCAAUAUGAAUGCUCCAUUUAACAUGGUCAAUCCAGUGUUGUAUGGUAUUAAAUAAAAUCUAUCGGUCUUUGUUGAUGAUUUUUGGUUUAUUUUUAU